AUGCCGACAAGAGUCCGAUGGACCAGCCUACCUGUUUUCCCCCCCAUUGAUGCGGAGCCACUUUAUCGCUACCGACUAGGUGGUUACCACCCAGUCACCUUAGGAGAAUGCCUUAAAGCUGGAAGGUAUAAGGUGUUGCAUAAAUUAGGAUGGGGUGGCUACUCGACAGUUUGGGCGGCGAGAGAUCAAAGGACAGAGACUUACGUCGCUGUAAAGAUUUCUGUUGCAGAACAGGAACAUGGUAGGGAGACGCGAGAACUCCAAACUAUGAGGGAACUGGCAUCUUAUCACUCUAGUCCGACGCAUGUGGUGCAGUUGCUCGAUGAUUUUGACCUAACGGGCCCAAAUGGAUUCCAUAGAUGCCUCGUUUAUGAGCUUUUGGGGCCAAACAUUCCAGACGUAAUUGAUGCUCAAUUUUCCGGUGGGAGACUUCCUGGAAAGCUUGCCAAAAUCAUUGCCAAGCAAAGUCUCUCCGGGCUUAAUGAUCUGCACCAACGGAAUAUUGGACACGGAGGUACAGUAACUCAUUCCCUUUGGUAA